AUGGAGAAGAAACAGGCUGGCGAAAAACGGAAGCGAGUCGAAUCGAAGUCAGAAGAUCUUGCGAUCUUGCCGGGCGGCAGCGGAGCAUUUACGCCGCCAGAGAACAAAAAACAAAACUUUAAUAUUAAAAUUCAAAUGCAAUCUCAAACAGAGACAACUGGCACCACCUACAGAGCAGCGACAAACAACAAUGAUAACUUCAUGAAUCAGAAGAAAUUAACGAAGAAGGAAGAGCAGAAAAAGACCGACGAUGAAUCAUUUAAGCAGAUCGAAAAGUCAAUUUAUCAGGAUGGGCUCAAAAGUGAGAGCACGAAAAAUACGUAUGCUAUACAGCAAGCUCUUGGGCGAGGAGGCUUCGCGAAGGUUUACAAAGCAGUGGAGACCAUUGCUGAUCUCGGCGGCAACGGGCCUGGGAUCACGCAAACAAUCGCCUUGAAAGUAAUUCCAAAGACAAGAAUUUCUAGAGAAGAUCAGUACAAAAAAGUAAUGCGCGAGAUCAAGCUUCAGUCCGGAUGUAAUCACCCAAAUAUUCUGUCGAUGUUUUCGAACUGGGAAAGCGAUACCUGCGUAGCCAUGGUGUUAGACUACUGCGAGGGCGGUUCUCUUUCUUCGUAUUCAAAACAGUUCGACAACAGGAUUGUGGGAUUUGAAAACGCUGCUUGGAUCAUUGGACAAGUUCUUAGAGGCGUACAGUACUUGCAUGAACGCGGCAUCAUUCAUCGUGAUAUCAAGCCUGCUAACAUUCUCCUUUCAAUGGGUCGCUGUCUGAUCGCCGACUUUGGACUUGCACUAGAGAAACAUGAACGGGAAUUUAUCAUUUGCGGGACGCCGAAUUACAUUUCCCCAGAAGUGUACGAACGAAAGCUACAUACGGAAGCGGCAGAUAUUUGGGCAGUGGGUCUGGUUUACUUUUCCAUUAUGGAAGGCAGAUCAGGAUUCAGCUAUAAUCCUGUCGAAACUCUUCAGAAGCGAGUCAAAGACGUAGCUCACACACCACAUCGGCAGGAAACCCCUCAAAUCUCGCGCGACUUCUUCAAAAGAAUUAUAGUAAAAGAUCCGAAGCAUCGUCCGAGCAUCGACUUCCUUCUAAGGCAUCGCGCAGUAACAAAUAGACCUGAAUCUACCAGUGACGAGUCAACGAUGUCAAAUAACAACGAAAAAACCUGUCGAUAUAUUUCACUCCUGAAGGCAUGGAAUCGAGUUCUCUCCCAGGAAGAAGCUGUUUGGGAAAGCGAUCCAGAGACAGUCCAAUGCUCCCCAGAAAGGAGCAAGAUAAUCCGGCUAGGUUAUCUGAUGUCUAAUGGUGACGUCGGGGUGUGGAAAGCAGGCGGAUUUCAAGUUCUAGAGCACGGUCCAGACAAAUCAUUGGAAAUUCGAUACAGAGGCGAAAAAUGGGAGACGAUUCCUGAGUGGUACUUUAAUGACAACCCAGAGUGCUUGAACGAAAGCUUAGCUGAAAUCGAGUCGAUGAGAAACGGCAUGGGAAAGCUACAAAACGCAGUCACGUGUCUCCGAGGGCGAGUGGCAAUGAAGCCUCCGACCCAUCUAGUCUACUGUAAGAGGCUAGGGCUUCGUGCGAUUGUGUUCUUCUUCUCGAAUGGUGACUACCAAGUGAACUUCUUAGAGCCAGCCUCUAAGCGUAUGAAGAUCAUUGGAUCGAAGAAUGGUAUUUGCCUUAUUGACAGGCAACGAAAAAAACACUACAAGAGCUGGGACAGCCUGAACGAACACGAGCGAAUCGUCAUCGACACAGAAGAAGCCAUAAACGACAGUGAUUUCAAAUCAUUAAUAGAAAACGCGCACCAAGAGCUUUUACUUAACAAAAGAAAAGCCGAGCGAAAUGGAGGUGGCCACGACUGCAUCAGUCUUAAUUGUAGACUUUUGCCGAAAAUCGUCAUUCUGUAA